AUAUAACUGGUUUAUUAGUGGAACUUUGGUCCUUUAUCUCCAACAGAACGUGAAGUGAAAAUCUCCUGUUCAGAUCCAAAACGUCGAGAUGAGAGCAAACAUGUUAAGGUUUUCUCUGGUAGUCUGUGCGUCUCUGAUACUCGGUAUCACAGCGAAGCCAUACAAACCAUGGAAUAAACUCACAGAUGAAGCCUUCCAGGAUACUGUUGUAUCCAUAGAUGACAAAGGAAGGAUGUCCUGGGGAGUUGAAGUGGAGCCUCCACAGGACAUGGACGAGACUGACUAUGACAUCGACCCUAGCAUGAUGAUUUGGAAGAGCAUGGCAGGCACAGGACGGGACAAACAGCCCCUGAGGGCUGAAGAAGACUUGGAUGAGCUGCACCAUCCUUCAAUGGCGGAUCUUCUCAAAGUUCAAAUCCAAAACCUGGAUACUCUCCCUGCUGCCGACAUCCAGGCACAGCCCUGGCAGGAAGAUGCUGACGUGAAGUCCAAUCAGGAACCAGAGGAGGACAAAGAUGACAUCGACCACCCUGGUUUUAGUGAGGUGGCGCUGAACGAGCCUGAGCAAGACUGGGAUGAAGUCUACCACAAAGCGAGGGAGCAGCUGGAUGGAUAUCUGGCUCCACUACGGGCUGAAUACAAAGCUGAAGCAGAGAGCCUCAUUUCACACUCUGAACCAGAGAAGGAUGAGGACGCGCUGUAUCACCACGAUGACCAGGGUUCACCUGUGCAGAUGGAGCCACUGAGACCUGAGGUCUUGGCUGAAAGUAAGGCGAGACUUCACCUUCAACCAGAGGAAGACAUGGACGACGUGUACCACCGAGAUCUCCCAGAGCUCAUCCCUGACCAUGAGGCUGCCGCUCCUGUUUAUUUGCCGUCUGAGAGGAAACACAGCGAGCCAGAGGAAGACCUGGACCAUCUCUACCACCCAUAACCCUUCAACAGCUCAACCUGUGUUAAUGCUUAUCAUUUCAAAUCAGACACAAACAUAACCUGAUACUAGGGGUGGGAGAAAAAAAACGAUACGGCACAGUAUCGCGAUAUUUUUUUGUGUGGCAAUAUCGCAUCGUAUCGAUUUUUAAUUAUAUAAAUUGUUAAUUUUACAAAUACAAAUUAAACUUUGGGUAGCCUACUAAAAUAAUAUAAUCAACUUCUUCUUCAGUCCAAUAGAUAACGUUUUGCUGCUGCAAAAAAUGGCUGAAGUGAGAUGAACAGACAUCAUCUUAUUAGAUAAUACAGAUGUUAACAAAGUUUUUCUUUGGGGACAUAAUUUACAAUUGAAAAGGGUAAUACAUCGCAAUAUAUUUUAUUGCAAUACUCAGCAGAUCACAACAUAUUUAAAAUUGCAAUAAUAUAAUUCCCACCCCCAGCUGAUACACAGGUUAAUAAAUCACAAGUGUCAUUUGAGUUCAUCAAACUGUGAACACAUCUAAAUCUUAGUGUCACUCAAAUGUGUCUUGAUGAUAAAUAUACUUUAAACACUGA